AUGUUUUAUUUCCUCAUAAUUUUCAUAUUAUUAAACUGUUUAAAUAAAUGCUUUAAAAUAAUGAAGAUAGUUAUCCCUCAAACUAGUGGUUUGAAUGUUGUUGAUAAAAAAUUCGAACCCAAAUAUUUUGUUAAGAAUAAAUUGAGAUUUGUUUCUCCUUAUGUUUAUACAUAUAAAUUAUUUUCAAAGAAAAGAUGGGUAGGUAAAAAAAUUGCUGAUGUUAUGACAUCUGAAUUUUGUGCUUAUGAUAUGAAUUAUUUUAUAGAAUCUAUAAAAAAAGGAUAUGUAAAAGUUAAUCAACAAAUGGUUUCGAGUGAUUAUAUUAUUCAAAAUAAUGAUUUUAUAGAACAUAAAUUAUUAUUAUUUGAAAAACCAGUUCUUUGUAAUAAAAUUAUUAUAUUAUAUGAAGAUGAUAAUUUUAUAUGUGUUUAUAAACACUCCAGUUUACCUACCCAUCCAGUCGGGUCUUAUCAAUAUAAUUCGCUCCUAAGGAUCUUACAGAAUUAUAUAAGUACAUGUCAACAAGAUAAACAUGAGGAAGAUCAUCAGGAUAUCCAACAAAAUGAGAACAAAGAAAAUGUAAAUGAAAAUAUAAAUGAAUAUAAAAAUAAAAACAAUAAACAUCCUAAUGUUGAAAUACAAAGCGAACAUGUCAUAAAAAUUAAUUUUAAUUUUAAACAACAAAAUUUUGGUUUCAUGCCAGAUGACAUAAAGGAAAAAUUAUCACAUGAUGAUAAUAAAAUAAAAAUAAAUCAUUCAAAAAAUUAUAAUCAUAAUGAUAAUCAUAGUGAUAACCAAUUUAUUCAUAUAGAUGAUAAGUCACAAACUUAUUACAACCAUAAUGAUACACAAAAUAUAAAUGAUCAACUUAGAAAGCAUGAUAUUCUAAAUAUAUCACAAGAAAGGAAAAAAAGAAGAAAAAUAAAACAAGAAAAUAUUAUAAAUAAGGAACAUAUUAAUAAUAUAUCAAUGAUAUCAAAAGAAAAUGAAAAUGAGCUUGAUACCUUAAAUAUAUUAAUAAAGUGUAGACAAAAAGGUAUAAAUAAAAAUAAUGACAAUAAAAAAUGUGGUGAUAAUAAAAAAUGUGGCGAUGAUAUAGUAUAUGAUGAUGAUAAAAAAUGUGAUGAUAAUAUAGUACAUGAUGAUGAUAAAAAAUGCGAUGAUAAUAUAGUACAUGAUGAUGAUAAAAAAUGUAGUGAUAAUAUAGUAUAUGAUGAUGAUAAAAAAUGUAGUGAUAAUAUAUUAUAUAAUGAUGACCUUAUAAAUAAAUGUAAGGAAAUAUCUAUAGAAGAUACUAACAAUAUAGAAAAUUCAGAAUGUUUAGAAAAAAAUAAUUGCUAUAAUAAGAAUUUGAAGAAAGAUUUAAAAACACAAGACAAAUCAUAUAUCUAUACUCUUCAUCGAUUAGAUAAAUUAACAUCUGGCAUUGUGCUUUUUGGAAAGAAUAAAAAGUUCUCUACAUUUUUUUCACAAAAUAUUUCUGAUAAUAAAAUAAAAAAAACAUAUAUAACAAGAGUAGAAGGAGAUUUUAGAUUAUUAAUUGAUAAAUUGUUACAUCGUAAUAAU